AUGGUUCCAGUGCUCAAAUUGCAGCUAGAUCCACCAGGAAAUGGUGAAUUCUAUACUCUCGAGGAUACAAUGACUGGUGAGCUCGUUUUGGAGUUGGACAAGCCUCUGUCGAUUCGAGAAAUUGUUAUCAGCCUGGUGGGGAAUUCAGAAACGCUAGUAAGACCCGGCGAACAUUCGAAAAACGGAACAAGAACAAGCUUACAAGUGCCUUUAGAGGAUGAAAAGUCUUGCCACAAGAUUCUGAAAUCCGAGGUGUCCGUAUUCCCACCUCAAAAUGUCAAAACUGCGAUCAGUAGUCCUAAAAAAGCAUUCAAAGUUGAACAUGGGAAGUACAACUUUGGCUUUGAGUUUAAACUUCCAGUGACUCCCCAAUGCAUUGCUACACAUCCUAAAAAAGUGUACACUUAUUUGAAAGACGAGGAAACGAUUGUACUGCCGCCAAGUUUCAACAGCGCGCUAAAGUCGCAACACGUCCAAAAUCUGGAUCUGUACUUUUAUUCUCUGGGGAAAGUCGAGUAUUAUGUCGAAGCAGCGGUCUUAACGGGAAACGACGACUCUUGGUUCAGAGCAUUCAGAGUGUCGAAUCUCACCAUGAGAAAGUAUUUCGAGCUAAUCCCGGCAAACUCCGCACAGAAACAGCUGCAAACCAUUAUGCAAAACCAAAACAGCGCUCCUGUGAUGACCUUCGUGUCAAAAAACGACGUGACAUUCAAGGAAGAAGACUUGAGGCUUUGGACAGAGGUAAGAUCCCGACAGUUGCGCUCCGUGUACAGACUGGACGACAUGUUUCUCAGUGGAUGCAAUAAGUUCGACCAUGUUUUUCUACUGAUGUCUUCGCCGUUUCCUGAGGAUUCGAGCCUCAGCUUAGUUCGUGUAGAGCUGAAUCUCAUAGAGUUUGCCACCUACCUAGCUGGCGGCCGGUCAAAUGCCAAUUUGAAUAGCCUGCGGUUGGCAAAGGGUGCUGGGGAUCUUCAGAUUGAUCUUUCUCAGAGCUACACCAAUUCAGAUGGACAUCAGGAAUGCCCGAUUAACAUUGCAGAACUCGCAGACCUCGGCAAGUUCUGUUUCAACGAAGAAGAUUUCAGAUACAGAGGAAACCGUUUGUACAGCUUCGUUUCCUGUAAUAUUCGACGGUUAUUCAAGUUUCAACUGUUCUUGACCAUGACGCUCAAUGGAAGAGAUACUUUCCAGUUUGAAGUGCUGACAGAUUUCAUCAACGUAUUCUGCGAAUCCGUUACCGUGGAAGCUCAUCCUCCGGCCUACGCAGAAGAUGAACCACUACCGAGCUACAAGUAA